AUGGAAAGAAUUCAAAAUAUAAUUACAAUGUCUGCUGCGAUGACAGUAGUACAUUUUUCAUUAGGUAUUUUAUUAUUCAUAUCAAGCAUUAUUUUAUAUACACAUUCUGUAGCACACUAUAAUAAUUUUCUUUUAAGCAUCAUUAGUCUAUGGAUAUUUUUCACAGGAGCAUAUGGAUGGAAAUAUUACACACAAUAUUAUUUUAUGUACACCUAUUUCGGCAGAGGUGUUUUUUAUUUUUUUGUUGGAAUUUUAGUUUGGGGAAGUAGCAAUAUCGAAUUUUAUUCAAUGGUAAUCGCCUUAUUAUUUUUAUUAUUUGGUUUAGGUUCAAUGGGGCUUGGUUUAUUCUCAAAAUAUGACCCACCAAGACCAGUAUUUGGUCCAUACGAUUUUGUACCACACGGACAAAAAGAAAACAUGGCUUUGGCAUCACAGGCCGACUUUAUGGACGAUUCUCCAACCUCAUCACAAAACACAACUUUUACAAUUUAA